AAAGAAGAUAAUCCAUGGAUUGAACAUUCAAGAUGGAAUCCGAAAUGUGUUUUUGUAUUAUUAUCAAAAGGAAAUCAGUUUGUUGAAAAUGUAGUAAAAAAAUAUGGUUCUAUCGAAUUAGGUAGCUACAGCAAUAUACAAAGUGAAGAUUGUUCAUUUAUGUACGAGUUAUUACAAUUUCAUUUUAAUUCAUUGUCGAACAUGAUAUUACAAGAUUUAGUGAUGUAAUAUAAAAAAAGUUUCUUAAUUUAUUUUAAUUUAUCGUUCUUGUAAAAAAAAA